AUGGGAGCACCAAGUAGAAGAGAAAUUGGUCAUGGAAUGCUUGCAGAGAGAGCCCUUGAGCCUAUAUUACCCUCUGAAGCAGACUUUCCUUACACUAUACGUGUUGAGAGUACCAUCACUGAAAGCAACGGCUCAUCAAGUAUGGCAUCAGUUUGUGCGGGAUGCUUAGCAUUGCAAGAUGCUGGGGUGCCAGUAAAGUGCUCUAUUGCUGGAAUAGCAAUGGGAAUUUGGGGAGAUGGAACCCCGCUUAUCCUUUCUGACAUAACUGGAGCAGAAGAUGCAUCUGGUGAUAUGGAUUUUAAGGUUGCUGGAAAUGGUGAUGGUAUAACCGCAUUCCAGAUGGAUAUAAAGUUUACUGUUUCUGUUUCAUGGCCAUGGUCAGAGACAUUACUGGUGGCCGCACAUUUUGACAGCAGCUCAUUCUUUCCUUGGUUCUGUUAUUUCAAGGGCAAAGCUCCUCAUUUGUCUACUUCUUCAGAUGAGAUGUCAAAAUGCUUGCCUCCUCCUUCAAAAAGUCUUUCUAAAUAUGCUCCUUUGAUUCAUGUUAUGAAGGUCAAACCAGAGAAAAUUAAUCUUAUAAUAGGUUCUGGUGGGAAAAAGGUGAAGAGUAUUAUUGAAGAAACGGGGGUAGAUGCUAUUGACACACAAGACAAUGGAAUGGUGAAAAUAACUGCAAAAGAUUUGUCAAGCCUGGAAAAGUCUAAAGCCAUCAUUAGUAAUCUGACGAUGGUUCCAACUGUUGGUGAUAUAUAUAGGAAUUGCGAGGUUAAAUCCAUUGCUCCUUAUGGAGUGUUUGUUGAGAUAGCGCCUGGCCGAGAGGGACUUUGCCAUAUAAGUGAGCUGAGCCCAGAUUGGCUGGCGAAGGCAGAAGAUGCUUUCAAAGUUGGAGACCAUAUUGAUGUGAAGCUUAUUGAGGUUAGGAAAUUUCUCUCCCUGAUCAAUGAAAAGGGACAACUUCGCCUUAGCCGCCGAGCACUGCUUCCAGAUCCAAAUCCAGAGAAUUCCAGUGUAAAGCAACGUCCAAGUAAUUUUAACAAUAAUACAGCUUCGCAAAAAACUGCUGAUAAGGGUACACCUAAGAAGGUUUUGGGCAUAACAAAGGAUGGUUUAGCAGGAAAUAACAUUGAACACCCCAAGAGUAAAAAUGUUGCUCCAAAACUCACAAAUCCUAUCAAGCAUAAGUCAGCAGAGGACAUUCUGUUUUCAGAGGACAAGGUUGUCAAGAGAUUAGAUAGCUCUGCCAAGGAUGGACCAUAUUUUAACAUGGAUAGGCAAAAGAAGAGCAGCAGAAAACCUGUUAUAAGUAUAUCCAGCAACAAUGAAAAUACAUUAGUAAAUGGAGAGGCCAAAGUAUAG